CGCAGUUCGGGAAAACAUGGCGGCGUCCAAGCUCUCGACAGACCCCAACACAAACAUCCCAGAUUAUGAAUAUACUGGUGUGAACACCAAUCCAUUUCACGUUGGCUCUUUUAAAAGCGAGUGGCUGAACAGACUGAAGCCGAGUGACUACUCCUACCAGCCGGAAGACGAGGACAGGUUUGACGCUAACUUCGCGAAACAGAUGGGGAUCGGUGCGGAGACCAUGACUGCACUGAAAACCGUCUGCAGUCUUGAUUCACUCCGAUGCCAUCCUGAGGACCAGCAGCCUGAUCCAGACGUUGUACCUCCAGACCCAACGCUGAAAACACUGGUACAAAGAAAAAAGAGGCAAGAUCACAAAGCUUCUCUAAAAAUCACCAAGAACAGACACGACCUCUAUGCGGAUGAACUGGAGCGCUUAACUGUCUCUAGGAAACCAGAAGCAGUGGCUAACAUGAUCCCUGAAGGAGAAGUCAUUCUAACCAUCAACGUCUACUACCCGGCUGUUAUUGAGAAAGUGAGUUUUCACUUUUCUCAGUGUGCCAGAAGCCCUCCAAAUCCAGGCAAUUAUUUCUUAAAUGUUAUUCUCCAUGGUACUGACAUCCCCCCUCCCCCCCUUCAGUUUAACUACAUCAGACCCCACAUGACUCUGCUGAUGACGGGCUCCCACAGCUUGGCAGAGCUCAAGGACGCCAUCUGCUGCGUCAACGACCUGCAAGUGUGCGGAGAGUUCAGCCACACGCCAGACAUAGCUCCAGACUUCAUCAGCAAAGAUCAUUUCAGGUCAGCUUUCUUUUUCUUCGAAGGAGUGUUCUAUAACGACAUGCGAUUCCCCGAGUGUCAAGACAUCAGCAUGACUACCAUUGAAUGGGCAAAGGCCCAUGGCUUCCCCCCCUACAGCCAGGCCAAGAUGGAGGACACACAAUUUGUGGAUCUGAAAGUGAAAGUGGGCUUCCCGUACCUAUAUUGUCAUCAGGGAGACUGCGAACACCUGGUCAUCAUCACAGACAUCAGACUGGCCCAUAAGAACGACUGCCUGGACAUGAAGCUGUAUCCACUCCUCAUACACAAGCACAGGGUCGUCACCCAGAAGUGUGCCGUUUGUCACGUCUUCAUUGGCAGAUGGUUUACCACCAAUGACCAGUUUGCUCCGAGUGACCCGUGUCUGUUCUGUGACAAGUGCUUCCGGAUGCUGCACUAUGAUGCUCAAGGCAACAAGCUGGGAAAUUUCCUGGCCUAUCCUUAUGUGGACCGUGGUGCAUUUAACUAAUGCUUUUCUUUGGUGAACUGCUCACAUCAAUGGCUUAAUGCUGUAUAAUACAGUUCAGUGUUUUAUAUUUCAGAAAGAAAUGUUUGGCUAUUUAGUAUUUUUUGCUUUAAAAAAAAAACUUUUAUUUAUAUUUGGACAAUGUUUUGGUUUUAUAGACUUGUUUGAAAUAACUGGAACGUUUACUGGAAAAUGUUUUACUGGGCUUUUCUCCUGUUGAAAGCUUUGUAGCAAAUCAUUCAUUAAAAACUGAUCCAGUGAACUGCAA